GUGCGUAAACAGCGUAAAUGUCAGCUGCAGUGGCGCGUCUUCUCCUCCUGCCCUUCACCUUCCCCGCUGGACUUCCUCUUCGCUCACACAUGCCUCGUCUCAUCGUGUCACGACCACACCGUGUGCACCACGUCUUAAUGCCGCUUUAUUAGGGUCUUGUGCGUUUUGUUUUUAAAAUUGUAUCCGUGAAAAGGCCGCGCAGAUGGAGUGUCGAGUGCUGUCCAUUCAGAGUCAUGUUGUCAGGGGAUACGUAGGGAACAAGUCGGCGACAUUCCCUUUGCAGGUUUUGGGGUUUGAAGUGGACUCAAUAAACUCAGUGCAGUUUUCUAACCACACAGGUUAUGGCCACUGGAAAGGUCAAGUCCUAACUGCAGAGGAGUUGAAUGUUCUUUAUGAAGGAAUCAAGCUCAAUAAUGUCAACCACUAUGACUACAUCCUCACAGGGUACAGCCGAGACACGUCCUUCCUGGAGACAGUGGUGGAUAUUAUAAAGGAGCUCAAGAGGACCAAUCCCAAACUGGUGUAUGUUUGUGAUCCUGUUAUGGGAGAUCAAGGUGCUAUGUAUGUUCCAGAGAAUCUACUGCCAGUGUACAGAGACAAAGUUGUGCCUUUGGCUGAUAUCCUCACGCCCAAUCAGUUUGAAGCGGAGAUUUUAACUGGAAGGAAAAUUUACUCAGUAGAAGAUGCAAUAGAGGUGAUGGACUUGCUUCAUAAAAUGGGCCCAGAGACUGUGGUCCUGACCAGUACAGAUCUGCCAUCCAUACAAGGGGACCAGUUUUUAGUGGCUCUGGGAAGUCAAAAAACAGUUAAACCAGAUGGGAUAAAUACCACUGAGAAAAUCUGCAUUGACAUCCCCAAAGUGGAUGCUGUGUUUGUGGGCACUGGGGACCUGUUUGCUGCUAUGUUGCUCGCAUGGACUCAUCACCAUCCAAAGGAUCUGAAGUCUGCCUGUGAGAAAACCGCCUCUGUCAUGCAUCAUGUCAUCAAGAGAACGAUUAAGUACGCCAAUGAGAUGGCUGGCCCCGGGAAAAAGCCAAAUGCAGCACAACUGGAGCUAAGGAUGGUACAAAGCAAAACCGACAUUGAAAACCCUGCUGUUGUUUUAGGAGCUCGAGUUAUACAGAAAAAAAGUCAGUGAAGGUUUGGUGUUUUAGUGCGACACAUGUAGGAUUUUCUCAUCAAAGACUGUCUAGUGACUUUGCCUUACCGACUUGAAAACAGGUGCCACUAUGUUUCAAUAAAGUGGUUAGUAAUAAUUUAAUUACAUAAUCCACUAAUCCAGUCACUGUCAUUCUAUGGAUUAUUAUUCAUCCAUAUUGUGAUAGUACACCCACCCAACUUUAAACUUGUUGUAUUUUAUAUUGCAUAUCUUCAGCAUAGUCAAAACAAAUUACAGAGAAAUGAUUUAACUGGGUACUACAAAAAAAAUAUAUAUAUAUUUGUUGCAUCCAUUUGCAUCAAAGACUCAAGGUUUAUAAGCACAUUCCAACAAAGAUUAUAAAAAUGACAAAUGCAGAUCAGGUUAGAUUGUCGUCACAAAGUGAAUUUGUAUAUUUGUUUACACCAGAUGCCCUUCUGUCUGCAAUCCAUUUAUUUAGGCAGGUGACUGACACAAAUAUGGCUUGGUCCCCCUUUCCUUUGAUCAUCACACAAAAUGUGCUUACAAAUACUUCUGUGUAGACAUAAUUAUGAGCUAAACUAGAUGCCAUUAAAUUUAUUUUUUAUGCACAAAUAUAAAUCAAAUAAUAGGCCAGGUAGUUUGAUAUGUUUAUUACAUUUAUUCUUAUAACAAAUUAUUAAUAAGUCUAAUUUAUUAAUAAUUGUUUACUUUUACUAGUUUAUUAAAAAUCCUUUUUUUACGUAUACAGUAUUGAAUGAAGUAGUGAGAUACUGUAUACCAUGAUAGAUCUAUGUCUUAACAUCUCAAAUUGAGGUACUUGCACAAUGACAUUUAAUAUAGGGUUUACUAUUAUUUUUUUCAUAUCUCAUUGAAAGAGUUGGUAUGAAAGGACAUGUAGAAGCCUUAACGGUUAGAAACUGGAUGUCUGUGAAUCAAUAGUAAUGUAAUGUUAGAAAGUAAAGUGCCAACCCUUGACCUCCUGCUCUAAUCUAGAGCACCUUAAUGAAAAUAUCGAUGAAUAAAUAAUCUUUUAGUCAAA